CCGGCCAUCAAACCCACCUCACCUCACCCAUGCAUCUCCGGUGACUGCGUCGUCUCGCCAUUGCGCAACGCCAACCGCUCAACGCAGCACCAUGGACAACCCGAACCCCAACGCCGGCGCCGGCGGCGGUGGCGGUAGCGGUAGCGGUAGCGAUCCGCAGCAGCAGCAGCAGCAACACGCCAUGAGCCGCGCCGAGUACUCGCGCAACGUCCGCGCCGCCAUCGAGGAGAAGCGGCAGCAGGCGCUCCACAACCGGCAGCGCUUCGAGCCCAUCGUGCACGAGCAGCUGCAGCGCCUGCUGCGCGACUACCAGCCCCCGCUGUACGCGCGCCUGCGCGGCUUCGGGCGCGAGCAGACGCUCGCCCUCGCCGAGUCGACCGUCUCGUCGCUCGCCGCCGCCAACCGCCGCGCCUUUAGCGACGCGGAGACGCAGGCCCUCGCCGAGCACUUCGUCGACAGCAUCCACACCAUGCUCGUCUGGAAGUGGGCCAUGACGGGCCUCGCCGCCUACAUGACCUACCGCGGCCGCAACACCUGGCGCUUCCCCUUCCUGCGCCCCAAGAUGAACGGCCGCCUGCUGCCCAGCCCCGUCACCGGCGGGCCCCUCGUCAAGGUCAUGUGGCACUCGGCGCGCUUCGUCGCCUACUACGGCGCCAUCUGGGUCCUCGGCGAGCCCAUCUUCCAGGGCGCCAACUUCAUGCGCUACCGCGCCGCCAUGGAGCAGGACCCGCGCCUGGCCGCGAUGCUGCGCGACGGCAAGGCCCGCGCGCAGGAGGUCUUUGACCAGGUGUCGCACGGCCAGGCCGGCGGCGGCGGCGUACCGAGUGACCGAUACGGAAGCUCCGGGGAUCAGUAUGGCGGCGGCGGCGGUGACCAGUACGGCAACUCAGGCGAGCAAUACGGCGAGCAGUGGAACUCCGAGUCGCAGCCACAGCGCCCGACGGCCAGCAUACCCGCCCGAGCCCAAUCCGCUUGGACACAAUACCGCUCCCCCGAGACGCAGUCGCAGCAGCCGCAGCCAUCGGCCCCGCAGCAAGACUCCUGGGACUCCUUCUCCGACGUAGACGACGCCUCGCCCGUAGCCCCCACCGCGCAGGGCCAGCAGGACGCCUCCGCCAACUACGGCGGCGGCUCCGCAUGGGACCGCGUCCGGCAGCAGGCCCAGUAUCAGCCGAAGCGCGGCCCGCAGCAGCAGCAACAACAGCAACAGCAACAGCCCCAACAAUCGUGGCAGGCACCACAGGGCACGGGCGGCUGGGCCAGCGAGGACGACGCCAGCCCGCAGCGCGGCUCCAGGGACAGCUACUCGUUCUCCAACGCCGACGAGGAACGUGCCUUGGCCAAGAGCCAGGCGCAGAGGGAGUUUGACCAAUUACUCGAGCGGGAGCGGCGCGGGACGGAUCAGGAGCAAGGGUCGUCAUCAUCGUGGGGGAGAAGGAGGUAGAGCGUGUCAUUAUAAAUCCAAGGCUAGUCCAUGUACAAUAACAAUAUGCAUCACGGCUCAAAGGCAGUCCCGGCGAGUCGAGACAGCCGAUACGGUCCAAUUGGAUCUAUUUCAAGUCGGUCAAACACAGUACUCAAGACGCAAAACCAACAUGUACGCGAC